GCCAUUGUCCCCUUCCACAUACAUCAAGGAAGACGAGGGAGGAAAAUUCUCCUACCAUGAAAAAGAGUGUUACUUACCAAUCAGGCUUCCUCACUGCGAUUGUUCCUAUGGACAAACAAGUGUUUCUCCAGGAAAGCAAGUAAUUUUGAUUGGAAUGAACGGUCGUUACAAUCUGUCCCUUCCAUGUGUCAGCUGCCCCUGCGGAAAGUCCUGGUCACUGGACAUAGGUGAUCUCGUUGACAGUGGUUAUUGGCCAGCCACAGCCAACUUUGACACUUUGUACACUGUGGAUUUGUUCAGUACAUUUGAGGAUCUCAAGAUCACUGCCCCAGGAAUGUCACGGCAAGCUUUUGUUAGCAUGCUAGAACACCGCACAAAAGUCUUUGGUCGGAGCGGCCAGAUAUGUGGGGAUACUAUGCAGAAGGCAUUUCUGGAAUGGAUCUAUGCCAAAUUUGAAGUGGAAAGGAUGUCUCUGGUGCAGCAUUUUCAGUGCCCUGCAUGCACACCCUCCAUGCUGGCUGUUGCAGUGGAUGGGAACCGAAAACUUUACCGCUUUAAGAGCCAACCGGGACCGAAUGGAUUUUUUGAUGGAGUGUUUCUGGCCAAGGAUGCUGAAGUGUCCUCCUUUGUUGACUACAUCCAUGGGACAACCAAACAUAAUCCUGCGAAAGCAAGAUGUGGUGCAGGUCAAUGGGUGGCAGCACGAGAGUCUGCGAGUAAGUCAGCAAGCAAAUUGGAUGAGGAAGGCGUGGAAGUUGCUGUCUGCCGUCACGGGGUCUUGCUCAAAGGACUGAAUAUGUUCCGUGGGGAAAUAUUUGCAUACCCAUUAUAUCUCCAGAAACAGUUGAAUUCACAGACUGUGAAGUAUUUUUGCUCAGAUGUAGUGUGCAAAUACUGGCCAUAUCUGGAGAGGGUGGUCCGUUUCUGCCCAGAGCUACAAGACCUGUUGAACAUGCGCCCAUUUCUUUCGAUUAUGCAUGCUAAAGCGCAUUCAUGGACGUGUGAGUUGAAGUGGGGAGGACGUAACCAGGAAGGAGCUGGUACAACCUUAGGAGAAGAAGUUGAACAAGUAAACAGUUUCCUUUCUCGAGCAGCCUUAUGUUCUAAGUUCAUGGCAAAAGCAGUUCGCACAGACAUGCUUACCAUCCAGGCAAGUGGCUGGAACAAGCGGAAGGCAGAACACCUUGACCGGACAUUAGCAAAAAGAUACAUCAAGACUGUACAGAGGAUUCCAGAUGCAUCAACAGAUCUUAAACAACUUACCACCGAGUUGGCUAUUCAGGAAGACACAGUACAGCAAUGGGUGUGUGAUGUUCAGCAGUGGACAACAGGAGCAACUGUUCCAAAUGACAGCCGACAGAAUACUAUUGAAGGACUCUAUCUGAGCAUCAAGCAGCGAAAGUUUCAUCUCUAUCGUCAGACAGUUGGCAGUAAGCAGAGACAUAAAUUGAGGAAAAAGAUUGCGGCAGAAAAGAUAGCUUUGGACGAGGCCAUUGCUGACUACAACACUGUUGUGGGGGAUGCUGACAAACUCCCUCCUCCUGACGAGCUCUUGGUCAAAGAAAACUUCUCCUGGCCAUGGCAAUGUCACAGUGAUAUGAUCGAGAAAAAAAAAGUCUAUGACAAAGUAAUGCUGCUGGAUAGACUUAAGGAAGAAGCCGUAAUUGUGGUUCAGGAAAUUAAGCAGCACUGGGAGUACAUGCGGAGCAUGGCUAGAAAGAUUGAAGAUCUUUCCUCCCAGCUCUCUGAAGGAAUCACAGGUCAAAGCAGCACUGAAGCAUUGACAGAGAGUGGACGUGAGGGACUACUCUGCAUAUUAAAAAGAAGACUGUGUGAAGUUCAAGCACAGCAGACUUCAGCACGCGCAACAUAUCUGCAUAUCCUGGGACAACACAUGGUGUCUUUGGAUGACUCUUCCUCUGAGGAAGAAAACUUGGAUAGUAGCUCGUCAACAGAUGAAGACUAAUGGGAGCCAUCGUUGGGCUCAUUCUGGAGAACACUGCAGUCUGACGCUGUACCUGCAGAGUCCACACCAACGUGCUCUCCAUUGUAAAUGUCUGCAAUUGUUAUAUGGUUUGUGCAUACUGUGUGUUCCUAUAUAAAAUAAAUGACUUUAAUUUCCACUAUUGUGACAUUUUCUUGCACUACAUUACAUUAUUUAACCUGUAAAGAUAAACUGUACAUUUAAUGCACAGUAUAGAAUACACAGUUACAGAUGUUUGAGAGUCACCCUUCUUAAUCUGAAUUAUGUGUAAUAACAGGAUGGCUGUUUCGCCUU